ACUUUUCCUCAUUUACUUUAUAUUCUUGAUCGGUCCGUCGACAUCCCCCUCUCUUCUUCGCCGUGGCCGCCUUCGACUCCUCUCUCGCACCCGUCUCGCGAGGAAGCCUCCCUCGACGAUCUUGUCUCCUCCCAAUCGCAGCCAAUCCCUCGUCGGUAUCGUCUUCCUUUCUUCCCUUCCCCCCUCCCAAUUCGACGUUCUUGGUUCUUUCCCAUUUCGUUUCCUCCGUAUUUGAUGCGUGCAUCAACCCGAAAUGGAUGAUGAUUGUUGUUCUGCCCAACUUAUUGACGGAGACGGAGUGUUCAAUGCUGCUGGGCUUGAACAUUUUAUGAAAACAGUGAAGCUGGCUGAGUGUGGCUUAUCCUAUGCCGUGGUGUCUAUAAUGGGUCCACAAAGCAGUGGGAAGAGUACACUUUUGAACCAUUUAUUUGGGACCAACUUCAGGGAGAUGGAUGCUUUCAUGGGAAGGUCGCAAACCACAAAGGGCAUUUGGUUGGCUAAUUGUGCUGGAAUCGAACCAUGCACAAUUGUUAUGGAUUUGGAGGGUACUGAUGGAAGAGAGCGCGGAGAGGAUGACACCACAUUUGAGAAGCAGAGUGCACUUUUUGCUUUAGCAGUUUCAGAUAUUGUCCUUAUAAACAUGUGGUGCCAUGAUAUUGGUCGAGAACAAGCUGCAAACAAGCCUCUUUUAAAGACAGUAUUCCAGGUCAUGAUGAGAUUGUUUAGCCCACGUAAGACAACAUUACUAUUUGUCAUACGUGAUAAAACCAAGACACCUCUGGAAAAUCUUGAACCUAUUCUCAGGGAAGAUAUUCAAAAGAUAUGGGAUAGUGUUCCAAAACCACAAGCUCAUAAAGAAACUCCUCUUAGUGAAUUUUUUAAUGUGCAAGUUGUGGCUCUUUCGAGUUAUGAAGAGAAAGAAGAACAAUUCAAAGAACAGGUUGCAAGUUUGAGGCAAAGAUUUUAUCAUUCCAUUGCUCCUGGUGGUCUUGCUGGAGAUCGGCGAGGGGUCAUUCCUGCUUCAGGUUUUUCAUUUAGUGCACAGCAGAUCUGGAAGGUUAUCAAAGAUAACAAAGACCUUGACCUGCCUGCACACAAGGUCAUGGUAGCCACUGUACGUUGUGAAGAAAUUGCUAACGAAAAGUUUACUUAUAUGGCUGCUAUGGAGGAGUGGCUGCAACUUGAAGAAGCUGUUCAACAUGAUCUAGUUCCAGGUUUUGGAAAGAAGCUUAGUGUAAUUUUGGACAAGUGCUUUUCUGGAUAUGAUAUGGAAGCUGUAUAUUUUGAUGAAUCUGUUAGAAUUUCGAAGAGGCAACAACUUGAAUCAAAACUUCUCCAGGUACUGUUGCUUCUGAAUGCCGGCAGCAUUUAACUCACAUUCUUGUGCUAUUGCCAUAAACAUCACUGUAAUUGGUACAAUAUGGUAGGCCUGAUUGCAAUGCAAAAAAUGUUCAGCUUUAGAUGGAAAUUAGGUUGACAAUAGUGCUGUUUGCUGCUUUGCUAAGUGUAGGUGCUGAGAUGAGUAAUCAGAAAUAGGUUAUUUUCCAA